AUGGCGUCCUGGGCCCCCGCUCGGCCGGCUCUGAGGGCCCUGGCCUCAUCAUCGACAGCGACUCCCGCUCGACUAUUCAGCACAACUCUGCCUCAGCAGACCAAGACGAUCAAGUCACAUCUUCUACCCAACCGUCUUAUCCCCCCAUACCCCUAUGGCGAGCGAAGAAUCUACAAGCAAUCCAACAAGGGUCUAUACGGCUCAGCGAGGAUUCGUUUCGGUAACACUGUUGCGGAAAAGUACAACAACAAGGCCCGUCGAUUUUGGCGUCCAAACGUCCACGUCAAGGUCUUCAGGCUGCCCGCCAUACAAGUCAACGUCAAGACCCGCCUCACACUCCGAGUUCUCAAGACCAUUCGACGAGAGGGUGGUCUCCAGGAAUAUCUUCUCAAGAGCAAGCCCGCCAGAAUAAAGGAGCUUGGCCCUGGCGGCUGGAACUUGAGGUGGCUACUCAUGCAAUCCAAGGAUAUUCAGAAGCGGUUCAAUGAGGAGCGUAUUGCUUUGGGCAUGCCGCCCAAGGAGAUUGAGGACCGGGACGAUAUUAUCCAGUAUGCGCUCGAUUUCGCUACUCCGGGGCCCUUGAGCAAGCGUAGUCAAGCGACGCUGGGCGAACUUGUAGCGCAGGAGUUUGUGUUGGGUGACGAGGAUCUGGCUGAUUUGGAGGGCAUUCAAGAGCUGUCAGACGAGGACGAGGCCCUGUUAUUCAAGGAGCUCGAUGCAGAGAUGGAAGCCAGAAAGACACAAGGCCAGCAAAAGAUUACGGUGUAA